AUGUCGGGCACUGAGGAAGUCAAUGCACAAACGGAUGUUAUGGAGUCUAGCAAGCCCAUGCCGUCAACUCAACAGGAUGAGGAAGCUAUUAAGAAGAAAUAUGGAGGAAUAAUGCCAAAGAAACCACCACUAAUUUCAAAGGAUCAUGAACGAGCCUAUUUUGAUUCUGCUGAUUGGGCCCUGGGGAAACAAGGUGUAGAGAAGCCGAAAGGACCACUUGAGGCUCUGCGGCCAAAGUUACAGAUUCUCAAGAAAUCUCACCUUCUUUUUAAUCUUUCCACUGGUUGGAGUUGGAGGACAUCGUCGGUCGCCGGUCCGAUUGGAGUUGGAGGAGUCGUCGGUGGAGUUGGAGGAGGUGAGGUCGAGCAGGAGCUCCACUCUUUAGCAUUUAUUUUGCCGACACAACAGCAAACUCGAUACCGCAAAUCUCUUUGUGCUCCUGCAAAAGAUGAAGAUGGAAAUGCUGCCCCACCAGAGGAUGCGGCUGCAAAUGAAUGA